AUGUCUUUCCUUCAUAAUCAUUCUUGCGAGUGCGUUAAGUCAGAAUUGGAUUUGUUUGCACUACCGUCUACACAAACUAGCAUUGAAAAUGGAUUGUGGAUUCAUUAUAAACCAAUUUCAUCUCUUGGUGAUGAUGGACCUAUCGAGUUUCAAGUUCCUGGGACCGGCGAUGACUACAUAGAUUUGUCUCAUACAUUACUCCACAUAAAGGCAAAAGUAUUAAAUCAAGAUUCAACUAACUUGGUAUCUACUACAAUAGUAGCACCUGUAAAUAAUUGGCUGCAUUCACUUUUUAGUCAACUUGAUGUUUAUUUAAACCAAAAACUUGUAUCACCACCUAAUAAUACCUAUGCAUAUCGAGCAUACAUGGAAACCCUUUUAAACUAUGCCCCUGCUGCUAAACAAUCUCAUCUUACUUGUAGUCUUUGGUAUGAGGAUACAGCAGGAAAAAUGGAUUCUACAGAUGGUAAAAACAUAGGAUUUGUUAAAAGACAGGAAUUGAUUAGUGAAAGUAAGGAAAUAGAAAUGAUUGGUCAUCUUCACGGUGACAUUUUUAACCAAGAUAAAUUUUUAAUUAAUGGUGUUGAAAUGAGUGUUAAAUUGGUUCGAUCAAGAGAGAGUUUUAAUUUAAUUGUUGGGUCGAACGAUGUAAAGUUUAAAGUUUGCAUUACGGACGCAACUCUUAUUGUGCGACGAGCACGAAUUAAUCCAAGUGUAUUACUCGCACAUCAAAAAGUUUUAGCUUCUACCACUGCUAAAUAUCCUAUUACUCGAGCUGAAGUAAAAGUUUUAACAAUUCCUUCAGGUGUUCAAGGAAAAACUCUUGAUAAUAUAUUUUUAGGACAGGUACCGAAAAGAUGUAUAAUUGGAUUUGUGAACAAUUCUGCAUUUAAUGGUUCCCUUACUAAAAAUCCAUUUAACUUUGAAAACUAUGGUAUUAAUUCUUUCAGCUUAUAUAUUGAUGGUCAACAAAUACCUUCAAAAGCUUUGCAACCAUCUUUUAAUAAUAGCAUAUUUACAUCAGCAUAUCAUACUCUAUUCUCGGGAACUGGUAUUCACUUUCUUAAUGAAGGAAAUGGAAUCUCUUGUGAACAGUAUGGCAAAGGUUACUGUCUAUUAGCAUUUGACUUAACUCCUGAUUUAUCAGCUAACUCAUCAACUCAUUGGAAUCUCAUAAAGCAUGGUAGUGUAAGAAUAGAAGUACGAUUUGAAUCCUCAUUAAUACAAACAAUUAACUGUAUAGUUUAUGCUGAGUUUGAUAAUAUUAUUGAGAUAGAUAAAAACAGAAAUGUUACUGUAGACUUUAGUAGUUAA